UACAGCCUGAGUUACCUUCUUUCAAGCAGUGAAGUCUUGCAGUAAAGUCUCGUGACCACGUAAGUAACCUACUCAUCUCUCCAAAUCUCUCUCUAUUUCUGUUUAAGGUUAUUCUAUGUAAUAAUGUCAAGGACAAGUAACAGUUGGUACACAAUCAUUUUAGAAAUCUGUAGAACAAUGUUUCUCAUUGGAUUGAAAUAAAACUUUGCAUACUUUUCCUGUGUCCUACAUGGGAUUGUCCUCCAUUAGAAGUAGAUAAGGCAGAUCAUUAUAAGGGGAAGAAAGUUGAUAUUUAAUUGGACUCAAGUAGAGAUGUGCAAAAUGGUAUUAAUUAUGUUGAAUACAUUUUAGUUUGUUAUUUCUACUUCAAUCUAAUUUACUUUUCUCUCCUGUAUUAAUUUAACUUAAUUAUUAAUACUUCCCACAUAUAUCAUUAAUGGCAUUAAAGAUAGUGAGACAUGCAGCAGUGAUUAUGACACCAGGAUUUCCCUGGGGCUGUUCCACAAUAAGGUGUCAAACCAUUUUUGAAUGGGUUUGCACUUCCCUGGAUCCCCCAGCCCCCUCUGAUCCAGAUUCCCUUUCUAUGGCAGAAGUUGCCCUUUUGCAAUGGUAACAAUAAUUGGAUGGGAGUGUUGGUUGACACUCUCAGCUAUUAAAAUCUAUCUAUAUAUGGGCAGAAAGUGAUAUAUCUACUGCAAUAGUAGGCAUGUCUGCAUUAUCAAUAUAUUACCUGUCCAUCCAUUUCCCUGGUCCACACUGCCUUCUUUGCAACUAUUUCAAUGUCAAACUAUAAUCAAUGGGUAAAUUGUUGGGUAGAAAAUUAGAUUAAAUUAGCAAAAUAGGCACCAUAACAACGACAACAUGAUGCCAGGAGUCCUCUGGCAAUGUCCCAUGGUAAGUGGUUAAAGUGUUUUCAGAAGGUUUGACUUCAACCAGGGUCCCCCAGGUGGACCUAACCAUACAAUGUAAAUAUUGGCUUUUCUAAAAAAAAAAAAAAAAACUUUCAUGUUAUACAUUGCCGGGUUAAAAUGACUGUGCCAUCACACCAAGACCACUUCAUCGAGAUGAAAUGGGCCAUGUGACUUUAACGGUCUGUUAAUAAACUUGGGUAAUUUUUAGUUUCUGUAUCUGCCAACUUAUUUAGAGGAUCUAACCCCUCCCUUCCUUUAAAAAAAAAAAAAGUUAUUCUCCCUACGCACCCUUACAGAUUCUCUCUCGCCCUCAUGAUUGUAGAGUCUUUCCUUGCUAUCCCUCCUCAUAUUUUCAAUAGAUUCCUUCUUUCAACUCUUCGUAUCAGUGGUGUGGCUGAGCCUCUAUUACACUGCUAUGUACCAGUCACGCAUUAUUAUGGCUGAUCAGAGAAUGGUGCUGAAGCAAAACUCUAGCCAUUAUUCAUUGUCUGUGAGUGUCAGCUUAUGGCUCUCAGAUAAAUUGUCAUGAGAUAGUCUGAACUUUCCCUUUAGCGUACCAGCUCAGACUGGAAACAGAUAAGGUACUUAAUGGAGACAGGUUUGUCUUCUGAGCAUAGAGCUAAUUUUUGACAUAGUUUUGAGAGUAUAGACUGAAUGUUUAUUAUUUACAGCAUUUAUGGGACCUUUUAAAAAAUAGAAUCACAUAGACCUGUAAUUUGGAAGUAACGAUUUGCCCCAAGUAUAGCCAGAAGAACAUUAUGCUUGCACAUUCAGAGAAUAAUCUCUCCCUUUGCCUGUAUGUGUUAUGUUUGAUCUUACAAAAUAUUGCUUUGUUUUCUCAGAUAUUCCAACAUGGUUCGUAUUGUCCCUAAGAAAGAUGCCCCAGGGGUGGAUUUUUGUGGUGUUGACGAUUAUGUAUACAUUGUCCGAUCUGACCUUGGCUGCUAUUUGCGUUCAACAAGCUUCAACAAAGGUGAAGAUAUACAUAUCUACAGUCUCCAUCCCUCCUGUAGAAAUGGAGACCAUUACCUGGCCCAUGAAGAUGACCUAUUCUAUAUCAUAAAGGGCACUAGUUAUCGCCGUGUGACCAACAUGAACACAGAUGAAGAUGCUGUAGUCUAUACGAUGCAUCCCAAGUUUCAGGGUGGCGACCACUAUCUGUCUGCCUUUGGUAACUUCUAUGCAAUCUACCAGAGCCGAGGGGUUUAUUGUAAAACCAAAAACAUGAAUACAUUUGAAGAUGGCAAUGAAUAUUCUCUGCAUGCAAACUGCAAAAACGGGAUUUAUUAUUUUGGUAUAAAAAAUUUCUACUACUUUGUAAAGCCCAUUGAUGAGUGGGGUAUGCAGUACUUCAGAUGCACCAACUUCAAUACUAAUGAGAAUGCUGAAACAUUUUCAUUACAUCCAUCUAUAGUUAACUUCAUACCUGGAGGCUUAGCUAUGACUCACGGUUCGUCAUAUGGUGUCUGGGAGUGCAUCAAAACCAUCAGUAAUGACUCGCAGACACCAGUUACCUGGACAAAGAAGGUCAGCAAGAAGGUUGGAUAUGAUUAUGAGAAGAUGUCCUCUGUGGAAACCAACUGGAAUGUGUCUUCUACAGUUUCUGUUGAAACUUGUGGUCUAUCAGCUCUGAUUACAAAGAGUCAGGUGUCCUACACCGCUGAGUUUGGGGGAUCCAAUGUCAACACAGAUCGAGAAAAUUGGAGCAAGGCCACGGUAGUUGAGGAAUCCAUUACUACCACCCUGGAUCCCGGGAAAAAGCUGUAUAUUUGGCAAUACCAGUUAGGCAUAGGUAAAGUACCUGUGCUGUUCUGCAAAGAUAUGAAGUUUGAUGAUGACCCAACGCCACCCACUGAAAUCCCUCUUCCCCCAGCAAAAUAAAAACACAAAUUUCUUCAAAAUAACAGAUCAUUAGCGAUUUCGUUUUCCUCUGGAGCUUGAAUUAAGUCACAAUAUACAUAUAUUCUCAUCAAGGUCAUUUAAAAAAAUAUGCAGGUGCUUAGUGUAGGCCUUAAAUUGUGCUGUGUUUAGGGAGUUAAAACUUAUAGUCCUACAGAAGUUGUGUGUCCCAAUGCAGUAUCGGUAAUAUUAUGUAAUCUUCACAUUUGAUUGAGCAGAGGAUGGUAGUAGAAUAGAAUGCAUUAAAUAUGUAGGGUUUAUAAAAGGUGUGGGGUUAUCUCAUGAUCACAGUAUAUAGACUUGUUUGGAUACAAUUAAAAAGAGCAUACAAAGAUGUUAACAUUCAUUUGAUUGUUGGCUUGUUCUUUUGUAUAUUCUACUAUGGCUCUUGAGUGAAUCUAUCCUUUUAUAAAUA